CACCCAUGACUUAGUAUAUCAUGUUGGUGCUUUAUCAGGCGGACCAUUUUUGGAAGGCUUUGAAAAAUUGCAUUUUGUUUUAACAACCAUACCAAUGAAUAUUUGAUUAAAAUCUUUUGAUUUGUUUUUAUCACCAACCCGCAGUUUUCAAGUAAGAAAGUGAUCAUUUUGUUCACAGUACAAGUACUAUUGGUAAUACUGUUUCUGACAUUACUGGAAGCUUGUAUGUGUGGCUAUUUGAGACAACUUUUUUGGACGUACAUGGCCUUAUUUUGGACACAGGCUCUUUUGACAAUUAUUUGGGUCAUUUUGAUUUUUUGGUAUGAUGAUGAAGAGGGCCCAACACUUAUGACAAAGUAUUUCUUUUCAGGUGAACCAUGGAAGUAUUUUACUUCAUAUGAUUUGGCAUUGUUCCUCCUGAUUCCUGCUCUUAUAAUUUUCUUUCUUGUUCUGCGCAAAGAGUAUCUCAGACUGGAUCAGGAAGCUAAGUACAGCAUGUUAGGUGCUGAAGUUGAUUCUUUGUUUUCUGAAUAUUCACACAAUUCACAGCAAAGUUAAAGGUGUUUGGAUACAUCUUUGAGACACCUGCCUCUGUCAGUUAAGCAUUUGAUAGGAAAAAACUGUUUAGUUAUUCUUAACAAAAGUAUUAAAAGUUGUAAUGUACAAUCCAUCAUUAGUUAGUAAUGAAUAAAACUUACUAGUAAUGGCAACCUCUUGACAGAAGUUGAGACAGUCAGAAGGUACAUUUCUAGAUGCAGCAAUGAAUUGGAGUGUUACUCGUUAGUUUAUAUUAAUAAUGUAGAAAGGAUCAUAAUUGAUGGUUCAAAAAUUGUCAUAAGUAAGAAAUGAAUACAACUUACUAGUAAUGAAAGCCAAUUUACAGUAGUUGAGACAGUCAGAAUGUACAUUAUGGAUGCAGCAAUGACUUGAGGUUUUAUGUUUAUGUCUUAGGCACUGAGAAGUUGUCUCUCAGGACCAAAUUUAUGUUAAUGUAAGAUGAAAAUUAAAAAAAUAGGGUGUCUUCAAAACUGGUCAUAUAAAUUUUCAAUUGAUUACUUUGAUGUAUACCUGCAAACAAAAGUAUGACUUAUUGGUACAUUUGUAAGAGGUCAUCACUUAAAUGAUAACUAGCAUCUAAUUUUGUCUUUUGGUAUCACUUCUGAAUCAAACAUUAAGGUUAAAUUGCAAGAAAAUUGAAACUAUCUAAUAAUUUUAAAUGGUCUUUAUAUACAUGUAGAAUGAAUUUAUAGUUUCAAUGCCAGCCUAUGGUAGUGUAUUUUUGCCAUAAUGAGUUGGGGAAGAUUUUCAUUAAAUUACCCCUUGGGCCCUGUAGAGUGACUGUCACCCCAGGAUCAAACAUUAAGGUCACCAGAACAAGACAAUGGAUCACCAACUAAAGAAGCUCUUGAUUGUUAAACAAAUUCUCCUUGUUAACACUUAAGGAAAUCUAUAGAGAACAGUAUGGAGAAUAUGUAUACUGACAUUAGGGACUGUUAAGGGCAAAUGAAGUGCCAGCAGUUGCGCAAAAUCAGUAUUUGAAUGAUACAUUUCAAAUUGAAAAAUUUGUGAUAUUAACAUUUCUUUAGCUACUAAAGUAUUCAAUUCUUUCUGUCGUGACAGAGAAUGGGGCUAUUUUUCAAAACCUUUCCUAAAACGUGGUAAUUGUAGAUAUUAGCAAUAGCAUAUACAUUUAACAUACUUUUUUUUUUUCAUCACUGAUAAUGUUAUUUUUACACUCAGAAAACUGUUAACACAAUUAUUAUGGAAUGUCAUUGUGUUUCAAGGAAAUAACCAAGCAGGCAUCAGAUGCCCUUUUUCUUGAACAUUUUUGUGAUUGGUCAGUUAAUCAUUGACUGUCAAUCAAACCAAUGAAAGUGUUCACAGUUUUCUGGUGUUCUUUACUUAAGGUUUGAGGCAAAAUCAAAGUUGGUAAUUUACGUUAGAAAACAGCAGAGAAUUUUAGUCAAUUAUAAUGUGAUAUCCUAGAGAUACUAGACUUGAGUUGGUACUACAAAGACAUGCUAUAAUAAUUUGACAAUGUUUAGUUCUCUUGUAAAUAAAAAUCAUUUUGGAUUCUG